AUGGCUGCUAAAGUCAGCACCAUCAAGGCAACAGAUCUGACUGGUGAUGACCACAUUCAGAAUACGAAUGACCAGGGCAAUGCGGCGAAGCCUCUCUGGAGCCGCUCUCGAUAUUCUGGAGCGCUGCUCUUCAACAUCGCCGCCUUCAUCUUACCAGCUCUCUACGCCACACUGAGCAAACUGUGGGUUGCCAACAUCGACUCCAGCAUGGUCGUCACGACAGACGCAUACACCUACAUCGGCGUGGUUUCCGAAGUUCUCAACGAAGGCCUACCACGAGCAGCCUGGGUUAUCAUCGGCGACAAAACGAAUCGUUCGCUCGCUAGCAGACACAGCCUGUCGUACACGUUGAUCCUCUUCCAGACCAUACUCGGCCUCAUCAUGUCCAUCGCCAUUGCUGGAGCCGCGAAGGAUUUCGCGAAUGCCUUCGCACCCGCCGAAGUUCGAGGCGCCUCGCUCACCUACGUUAGGAUUGCAGCAUUCUCGGCACUAGCUUCUGCUAUCGAAACUGCAGUCGCCGCAGCAACGAGAGCACUCGACAAGCCGGAUGUGCCAUUGCUUAUUAGCUCGAUCAAGUUCGCGGUCAAUAUCAUUCUCGACAUGGUCUUUAUCUCCAAAUAUCACGUCGAUAGCGUCACACCUACUGUCAACACUCAGGCUGCUAUUCAACUGGCAUGUGGACUCGCAGCAUCGUUCGCAGGACUAAUCUACUUCGUUUGGGCGACGAUUCGAAAGCACAGUCAGUCUACCUCCGAAGAAAGUGUCCAUCCUUCACUUCACGCGCUCGUCAUUCUAGCAAGACCAGGUUUCAUGACUUUCACGGAAUCAGCGGUUCGCAACGCGCUGUACUUGUGGCUAGUCAGUAACAUUGUGUCAAUGGGCACGGAUUAUGCCACGGCCUGGGGCGUCUUCAACACCAUCCGAUGGGGUCUGAUCAUGGUCCCAGUCCAGGCCCUCGAAGCGACGACACUAGCAUUCGUCGGCCAUGCUUGGGGCUCAUGGCGACAAUCUGUUGGCGUCGAAGCUCCCCGACCGCAAGCUCAGACCAAGCACCUCAUCUCAAUCGCUCGCCCAGCCUUCGUCUCCAGCAUAGUCGGUCUCGCUUUCGAAGUCCCCGCAUGCCUCUUCCUCUCCUUCUACGGCGCACAACGCUUUGCCCACUACAUUUCAGAAUCCGAGACCGUCUCGAAGAUCGUAGAGCACAUGUGGAAAACAAUCGAUUGGUGCUACAUUUGCUACGCCGUCUCCACACAGCUCGCAGCCAUCUUACUGGCCACCCGCCCUUGCUGGUACCUUUACCAGUCUCUAGCGAGCAAUUUGCUUUGGGUUCUGCCUUGGGCUAUCGUGGUGUCUGUGACGAAACUGAAUGCCGAUAAUGCUUGGACUUAUCAUUCGAUUGUUUUUGGUGGUAGUCUUGUCUUUAGUCUUGCGGAUAUAAUUAUUUUUGAUGGGGUGUGGGCUGUAAUGUUGAGGAAAGGGAGGAUGAGAUUGCCUCCACUUGUGGGGAUGUGA